AUGUGGGCCGAAAGUCUUCAGGAGUGUUACGAGUCCGGCCUGACUCAAUUCUUCUGUCCCAUGGAUGAUGACAUCACACUGAUCCCCAUGUCGCGGAACCUGCUCUGCAAGGUCUGCAGCAUCGAGGCCUUCGUGGACAGCGACCCGCGGGCGGGGGUCCUCACAGGCCGCCUGCACUUCGGCCCAAACCAGCGAGGUGGGGAGGCUGACGAGAGCCUUCUCUGGGGCUACCGGCUGACCUUCGUGGAUGCCUGUGGGGCGGAACUAUCGGAGUUUGGGAAGGUUCCAAAGCGAAACUACCCUCCGGCUGUCUGCUGUGAUCCAUGGCGCUACAGCUUUGAUCUGAAGUCCGUGGCUGUUCCUGCUGGCGCAACAGCCAUUCAGAUAAGUCCGUACAAGGAGAAUUGGCAUCUGCUGGGAGGAGCCUCUGUCGGCUUCGUCGAUCUUCAGGUUACUUCGUCUACCACGACAAGUCAAACUACGUCUUUCACGAACACCACCGCAAGCACAACGACAACCAGCAACAGCACGAUCACGGGCACGACAACCACAUCCACGUACUCCAGCACCAGCUACACAACCACGAGGUCAGCGACAAGCGUCACCACGCUGUCCAGCUCCACCGUUACCACGAUAACUGUUUCGGCCACCACGACGACCGGAACUCUCACCGCCAGCGGAGCGCUGCUGGCGAAGCCGGACGGGCUGAGCCUCAUGCUCGCGCUAGCUCUCAUGCUCGCGCCCAUAUGA